CCAAAUGCUAUGAAGUCCUCCUCAUUGUCCCUUUAACGGCUCGUCUACGUCCUCCGGGUUUGUUCGUUGCACAGAUGUCGUGUCUGAGUUCAGCGAUCUAACCUGUCCCCGUCUUUGUCCUGUCAUCAACAGCAGCUGGGCAGUAAGCAGUUGGCCUUCCAGCAGCAGCUGAUCCAGAUGCAGCAGCUUCAGCAGCAGCACAUCCUCAACCUGCAGAGACAAGGCCUGGUCCCACUGCAGCCCACCGCCGCCAUGCAGUCUCUUCAGCAAGCAAUGUGUCCGUCAGACCUCCAACAGCUGUGGAAGGAGGUUUCGGGGGUGCCGAGCACCGAGGAGGCCCUCAAGCAGGCCGAGGGUCUGGACUUGAGCACCAACAGCUCCAAUUCUACCUCAGCCUUCCCCAAAGCUGCCAGUGCUCACAUUCCUCUGCACAGCCUGCCUAAUGGACAGAGCCACACCCCAAAGAGAGACAGAGCCAGACUGUUUGAGUGGAUAUCCUCCUUCACCAAGGCAGACAGCGGAGAUGACCAUGUUCCUCUUUACUCCAAAGGCAGCCAACCUCCCAGCAGCCAUCACGAGGAGCAGAGCAGCUCCCAUCCUCUCUACGGACAUGGAGAGUGUAAAUGGCCCGGCUGUGAAGCGCUGUGUGAAGACAUGGGACAGUUCAUUAAGCACUUGAACAAUGAACACGCCCUCGAUGACCGCAGCACUGCUCAGUGCAGAGUCCAGAUGCAGGUGGUGCAGCAGCUGGAGAUACAGUUGGCAAAGGAAAGCGAGCGACUUCAGGCCAUGAUGACCCACCUGCACAUGCGUCCUUCAGAGCCAAAACCGUUUAGCCAACCUCUGAACCUGGCUUCCAGUGGCUCCUUGUUAAAGAGGGACCCUGAUGCCUACCCAGAGGGCCUUCCCCAUCCCCCCACCUCAGCUGCAACCCCAAUCACCCCGUUGCGCCAGGGACCCUCUGUCAUCAGCUCUUCCAACCUUCACACACACUCCCACUCCCACACACACCCUGUCGGGCCCAUACGCCGGCGCAACUCCGACAAGUACUGCACCCCUAUUGCCUCAGAGCUCGCUCAGAACUGUGAGUUCUACAAGAACGCUGAUGUCAGGCCUCCCUUUACCUACGCCUCUCUUAUACGACAUGCCAUUCUGGAGUCUCCAGACAGACAGUUGACUCUCAAUGAGAUCUACAACUGGUUUACACGGAAAUUUGCAUAUUUCAGGAGAAAUACUGCCACGUGGAAGAACGCUGUGCGCCACAACCUGAGUCUGCACAAGUGCUUUGUUCGCGUUGAGAACGUGAAGGGAGCCGUGUGGACUGUGGAUGAAGUUGAAUACCAAAAGAGGAGACCACCAAAGAUGACCGGAAGUCCCACUCUGGUGAAAAACAUGAUUUCAGGCCUCGGCUUUGGAUCCUUAAACGCCAGCUACCAGGCGGCUUUAGCAGAGAGCAGCCUGUCCCUGCUGAACAGCCCCCCCUUGGUGACUACUCCUUCUGCAGCCAGCCUCAGCAUGCUGCAUGUGGGCCACGAUGAUGUCAGCUCCACUGUGGAGCAGGUCAACAGCAACGGCAGCUGCAGCCCGACGCUCAGCCCUCAGCAGUACAGCCACCCGGUUCAUGUGAAGGAGGAGCCUACUGAGAUUGAGGAGGACAGUCGGCCUGUGUCCCUCCUGGCUGGCAUCACACACAGCCUGCCGCUGCCGAGCGACGAACGCGACCUGGAGGAGGACCUUCCCACCGAGGAGCUGGAGUAGGACGGACUCUCAACGGGCCAGAGGGACGGGACUCUCUCCACUGGCUCCCUGAGCCCUCUCCCCGGUGCCAGGAGGAAACAAUACAUAAAAAAAAACAACAGCAACAGAACAUUCAAGAGUAAAUAGAAAGAGGAAAAGAAGAUUUUUUUUUUGGAUGGUUUCAAAGAAAGUUCAAGCAACCAAGAAAGACAUUGAGAAACUCCAAACAGGGUUAGAUGACUUUUGUUACCUUCCAGAGGCAAAAACCAGACUGUGGAGCGCUGCUUUACCUCCACGUGUUCCACUCGGCUCAGAGGUGUAACACCACUUACACACCAAACCUGUGUGCAGACACACACAUACACAAAAAUACCCACACACACACAUACACACUCAUGUUUACUUGUCACCCAUGUUUCGUCAUCCUGGCUGGAUAGAAUCACGUUUUAGAUCGCAGGAGGCAUGGACGCUCACUCGCUCCUCCUCAUCCCACUCACCACACGCCCUUCUUCUUUCUCCCUGUGGUCUCUGGCGGCUUGGCUAGCUGUUUUUAUACCAGUAGAGGUAAAAACACACGCAUGUGUGUGUGUGUGCAACAAGCAGACAGACACACCUAGGGUCAUGUGUAUAUAGACCGGGAGCAGUCACCGGGGGCUCGACACCUCUUCUUGUUUGAGUCGUUUGCUUCUUUGUUUUCUACAGUCUGAUUAAACCGACUGGCUCUGAGAUGCAGAGGAAAGAAGGAAGUUGAUGGAAGUGGUCUGUGCGUGUGAGCACAAGGCAAGGGCGACCCAGCUCCCUGCCCGAACCUCGGACGACGUUUAAACAUUUUUACUUCUGCUUUAAAAGAAAAAGAAGAAAUUUUUUCUAACGUGACUACAUCCCAACCCACACCCCCCUACCCCCAUGAUGACUGCAGGAAAAAGACCGAUUGAUGCUGUCUUUUCUUUCUCCUCCAUCCGUGGAUGAGCAUGGAACACUUACAGAGGAGAAGCAGUGAGAAAAAACAAGGGAGGACGUGUCUACAGAAACAUUGUGACUUUAAAAAAUAAGAAAACUGUCAGUGAUUAUGGAAUAUAACGAGAAAAAAGUGUAGCUUUUGUCAUUUCUUUUUCUUUUUAAUUUGAGGUAUAUUUUUAUUUUUAUUAUCAUUGUUUAUGUUUGAGGAUCAAUAUUCCAGUUGUGGAUCUCUGCUUUGACGUACCUCUUCUAAAAAAGAUGUUGUCUUUGUUUUUGUAUUGCUUGAUUUGCUCUGGUUGUUCGCACCAUUCCAAGUAUUGAGGGGAGAAAAAAACAACAACAACAACAAGCGCAGUAUUGUCCCAACUUUCCUUCUCCUUCUUCCGUUUUUUUUUUCCAAAGUGUAGCAGGUGAGAAAAUUGGUAAAAAAAAAAAAAAGCACUUAAAAGUUGCCAAUAUCCAGACAUUUUUAUUUAACCACCAAAAUCGCUGGUUUUCUUUUCAUUUCUUUAUCACUCUCACUUGUUUUAUGGUUGUAUAUUUAGUUGAAAAGUAUCUGUAACGCUUUAAAAAAACAUAUAUAAAUAUAUAUUAUAAGUGCAGUCAGAGAAUACCUCAUCCCACAAAGGUUCUGCCCACAACUGUGUCCAAAUCUUUUAAAAAGUAGUCGUUUAGGGGGAAUUCUUUCUGUGGGACACCAAAAUGUGGCAACUCUGCUCAGCCUCGACUCUAAGCUCUCUAUGGUUGUAAUUGUUACUGUGUUACUAGCUGCGAUUCACUGUGUGAGUUUGUGUUAAAGGAAAAGCAUGUGAGAUUUUUUAUUUUUUAUUUUCUCUAUGAGUGUCAGAGCAUGACUUUUCUCUACUGUGCCAUGCCAAAUUUAUUUUUGUCCUUUUAUCUAUUCCCAUUUUAUUUUUGUUACAGGUAACCAAAGAAAUACGUAGAAAACCAAAAAUCCUGUACUUUAUUUUCAUUUCCUUUCUUUUUGUGUUCUUUUGUUUCGAAGAGCUGGCCAAAAGACAACAAAACACAAGUUUUAGUUCCUCGUAUUGUACUGGCGUAACUUUAUUUUUGUUGAAUUUCCAUGACUUACAGGCAGUGGCAUCCCCAGACAAAUUUCAUAGGCGUGACCAUAGGGCCAGAGAAAAUUUUGGAGUGGCACACCAAAUUGAUCCUCGUGGUAACUCUGGGAAAGUUUACCCAAAUUUUGCGAUUUUUACCAAUAUGUCUUCAUUUAAUAAGAUAGAUUUAUAGUUUGUGUGAACAUUAAUAUGACUUAUUAUAAAACACUGGUCUUCCCUGGAAUGUCCAUUGGGGUGGCCAGCAGUUUCUUAGAGGUGGCCGUGGCCACCCCUGGCCACCCCUUGGGGGCGCCACUACUUACAGUGCUGACCAUUCCAAAAACCAAAGUGAGUAGGAUCUGGAGAGGGUUCAGUAUGAACACUUUAGGUUGGAGGCAAAAAAAUAAAAAUAAAAAGAAAAGACUAGUAUUAAAGAAAACUUCGCACAGUUCCUCUGGGAAACAAAAAAAACCUGAGAACGGAAGUUAACUAAACAAAGUAUAAAGAAAUAAAAGCACUUAAAAUGGUGAAAUCCCAUCUCUCUCACUUACACAGACCCAACUGUGUUUAAAUCAACAUUUUGGGACAGGUCCUGCGUACAUUUACAUGUACGCUUUUUUUUUAAAGACAAUAAAAGGAAGAAAAAACACUUUUCUUUAAAAACAUCCUCCAUCUUGGUUCAGAAAACUCUGACCUUUAGAAAGAGAAGAGUUAUUUCUCAGUGUCAGAAUAAAGAGGCAACAGCUAAAACUAAUAAAUAACGCUAAUAUUAAACACAAACAAGGUUUGCGUAGUUAUUCAAAGAUGGGUUCAUGCUUUCACAGUUUUUGUCUUGCACUUCCGAUGUCUCUUUCUUAUUUAAGAAAAAAAGAUAAAUUAUUUUUUGGGGUUUUUCUUGCUUCAACGGGACUGAUUUCUGUCACAUUAGAGGCUGGCUGUCUUACAGAGUGGAGAAAUAAUAAUAAUAAUAAUAAUAAUAAUAAUAAUUAAACAAAAUAAAAACCAAAAAUAACACUACCUCCUUUUCCAAACUGUUUAACACAAAGCUAGUGGGAGAAUAAGUGCUCUAUAAUGUUGUUUUUUCUUUAUUUUUACUAAGAAAUAAUAAUGAAAUGCCAAAAUUCUUUUAAUGGCUGAUCCAAACACAAAUAGCAAAGAGAAGACUGUUGUGUGUCUCCUCGAGCCCUACAACAACAAAAACGGUGUUUAUACCGACUACCUCUCCUUAAACCACACCUCUUCUCUUCUGAAAGGGUUUUAUGAGGUGAUGAGAAGUUUUCUGAUCAGCACCAAGACUUUUUACCAAAGCUGAUCAUCAGAGGUAGUCCUGCAAACACACACACUCACGUGUGCACGAUUAAGCUCAGACCUUUCACUGAUCCAAAGACCCACAGACAUCAGCAACCCCAGUAAAACUCACCCCUACAGAGAGAUCCAGACCAGGAGGAACUGCUGCAGCCGUGCUUUAAGGUUUAACCUUCAAACAGAAGCAUUUUCUACAGAAAUCCUCUCAUCACAGCUCACUCUUCAGUUGUAAAUGUUCUCUCUGCUCUUUUCCGGUUUUGCUCUUUUGAUUUGAUUUAUUUGCCUUUCUGCACCUGUUUGUUGUAAACCUUCCAUCUCUGGUUCCUUUGCUGUACUGCUAAUGCUGAGUAUAUGUAUUUAUCAUAUUAAGUGCUGCAGGUAUCUUGGUUUUAUAGUUUGUUUUUCGAUUCCAUUUUUCUGUUCUUUAUAUAAAAAACGUCUGGGACGCUGAUUUUUUAGGUGUAUUAUCAAAAAAAAAAAAGAAUUACAUUUAGAUCAGUGUUUAGGUAAUGACUUGUUUGUAUAUUUAUCUUAGCUAGAUCUAUUUUGAUACUUUUUUGUCUCUGUACUGCAUUUAUGCAUUUUUAUGGAAAGAAAAAAAACGAACAACAAAAGGAAAAACUUAAAAGUUUCUUCGUUGUGUAUUGAUACCUCAGAAGGACUUUUUUCACUCUCUCUAAGACAGGACCAAAACCUCUGGAAAAAAAAGAGAAGGAGGAAAAACUAAGUAAGAAAAUGUAGCCCCUCUCUUGCUUUAACAAAAACAGUGGAGCUAUAGAAAGGCAGUGCUGUUGGGGAUUCUUAGUGCCACAUUAGUUCCUGCUCCGUGUGACCCCUCCCUCUGACCUCUGACCUCUGUUGUUCCUCGACUGAACUCUGACACACAGACCUGUCAAUCAUCUGCAGGAGCCAAAAGGCCGUCCCAGAGUCUAACCCCUCACCGGUGGCUGUAAAGCUAUUAACCGACACUUUUGUUACCCCUCCUCUCGCUCAGCUCCAAAACCAAAAUGUGCAAUGGCUCCUGGAGGUGCAGCUCUGACUACCAAAGGCAUUGUGAGCCAACAUGGCUUAAUCCAAACUAAGGAACUGUAACCAAACUGUAACUAAACCAAUGCCACAACCUUAACCAACCAAAUAAAAAUAAAAAAUAAAUAAAAAUAAAAAAAUGAGCUACUUCCAAAACUCUUCAUUAAUUUCACUUAUCUCCAUUACUGACAGCUGUUAUUCCUCAUCCAUCUGCACAACAGCACCCAGUGGCUGGUGUCUGACUCAAGGACUGAGGGAGAUGAAAUCCUAGCGUGUGAUUGGACAGCUCUGAGGUGUCACAUGAGGGUUCAGGGUCCCAGACUCUGAUGGAUCUACCACUUCUGCUCUCCUCUGGUUAAACCUUAGGAACGUGUGUACAUUUUCAGCAGUGACUCUUAUUGAUUCUUAGUUGAGUUUACCUGUUUACCUCUUUAUCUUCUUUUGUUUGUUUGUUUGUUUUCUUGUUAUUUGAAAAGUGUGACCCGAGGACAAGGCGGGAACAGGGACUGGGUGCUUGCUUUAGACAGACAGAUGAGCCCAGCCCUCCGAUGCUCCUCCCCGGGGUAGCCAUGUAAUGCCAGUCACUGCCCUUUCCUUCAUGCUGUAUAAAAACACACACACACUCACACACACACACACACAUACACAUAUAUCUGUGUAUUUGUAACCUGAAUCUUCUUGUGUCUGUCCAUGCAGACAAUAAAAAACUGUACAGUAGGUCUAGUUGCAUGUAAUCUGUACUAAUUAUUGACAAUGGCAUUAUAAAAUGCAAUAAAAUACUUAUUACACUGUC